AUGUUUGUCUGGCUGAUUUUGCUUCGAUGUAUAAUAUUUCAAAGAAAAAAAGCAGAUAAUGAUCGAAUUAUGAAAAAUUCUGAUGACGAAGAUAUCACCGAAAAUGAAAGUGAUAAUAAAACUGCUCCUAUGAAAAUGAAAGAUGGUAAGGGUUGGAUUAAAAAAAGAACAAAGAAAAAAAUCAUAAGAUACAGAUACUUUAAACUACAUCAAGAUCCUGAAAACUAUUAUAGAGAGCAGCUAAUACUAUUUCUACCAUGGACUAAUGAAGAAGAAAAUCUUAUUCAUAUAAACCAUGAAGAGAGAUUUGAAUUGUAUAAAGAUAUAAUUCAACAAAAAAGAUCUGAAUAUAUUCAUCGUGAAGCUAAUGAAUUCGAACAAGCUUCAGAAGAACAUAUGGAAAAAAAAGAAGAUGAAGAUGAUAUUGAUGAUACAAAUAUUGAAUACGAUCAAGAUAAAAAUGAAUUUCUCAUUUAUGAAAUAGGAAAUACUGGAGGUGAUAUUUUUGUUGAAAUGGGAAUAAAUACUCGAACUGAAAAAGUCGAACACUUUAAUGUUCCCAAAAUAAUACCAGACACAGAAUAUCAACAAAUGAUGAGAAAUCUUAAUAAUAAUCAAAGGAAAUAUACUCUAAACGUAAUGAAUUUGAUUAAAAAUGGUGAAAAUCAAUUUUUUCAUUUCAUCAAUGGAGGUGCAGGUGUUGGCAAAAGCACUCUAAUCAAAGCAGUGUAUCAAUCAAUACUAAGAUUUUAUAAUUCACUUCCAGGAUAUUAUCCAGAUAGUAUUCGGGCUGCACUAUGUGCACCAACUGGCAAAGCAGCGGCAUUAAUUGAUGGAAUGACUUUGCAUUCAUUUUUAAGUUUACCAAUAAAUCAAUGCAAACAUAAGCUUGUUCAACUAAAUAGCGAUGUUUCGAAUAGAAUUGGAGUCAAACUAAAAGACUUACAAUUAUUAAUAAUAGACGAAAUAUCAAUGGUUGGUUUUACAAUGUUUCAACAAGUCGAUGCACGUUUGCAGCAAAUAAUGAGAACAAAGAAACCAUUUGGUGGAAUAUCAGUCAUAGUUUCAGGCGAUUUCAAUCAAUUAAGACCAGUUGGUGAUAAAUACAUAUUCCAGUUUAAUAAUUCAUAUAAUGCUUUAGCAGAUAGUCCAUUAUGGUCAUUAUUUGAAUUGUUUGAAUUAACAGAAAUUAUGAGACAAAAGGAUGAUAAGACUUUUGCCAUUGCAUUAAGUAGCAUAGCUAAAGGAACAAUGACAGAUGAAGAUAUUCAUCUGUUAAAGUCACGAAUUGUUUCAACUGAAAAUUUGGAAACGAUUGAAGAUGCCAUAAGGAUAUUCAGAAGCAAUGCUGAAGUUGAUGCAUACAAUACAAAAGUAUUGGCUAAUCUUAAUACUGAAGGUGCAACUGCCAAUGCAUAUGACUUUUGUAUUGGUGAUGGACUUGCAUCAUUAAAAGAAAAAGUGUUGAACAACGUAAAGAAUCUCAAAACAACUGAAACUUAUGGCUUACCACUUAAAAUCGAUUUGAAAGUGGGCGCUAAGUAUAUGUUGACAGUCAAUUCUGAUACUGAAGAUGGAUUAGUCAAUGGUGCUUGUGGAAAUUUAGUAAUGAUUGAUUACGGAAAACUUCAAAAAACUAAUGAAAUAGUACCAUGUGGAAUAUGGAUUAAAUUCAAUGAAGAAAAAAAUGGAAGAAAAGCUAGAGCCAAUUUUCACAAUGUAAUGCGUAAUAGAAAUAUUGAUUCUAGUCUUACACCAAUCAAACCAGUAAUACGUCAAAUAAAUACGAAGUCAACAAACUUCAAAGUAGAACGGAAGCAGUUUCCAAUAGUACCUUGUGAAGCUAUGACCAUAUACAAAAGUCAAGGCGGUACUUACGAGAAGGUUGUUGUCAAUUUGAAGAAGGGAAUGACAGGAUCUGAAUUAUAUGUUGCUUGUAGUCGUGCAACAAAAGCAAGUGGUUUAUACUUAAUUGGAGACUUCGUUCCACCAAAAACACCUGAACGUAAUGAUGCAGUGACGUUGAUGUUCAAAACUAUGAGAUCCGAACGAAUGCUGAAAUUUUCGCUUGCAUUUCCUGAAGAAUCUGAAGAGAAAACAUUUUCCAUUAUCUUUCAUAAUGUACAAUCAUUGAAUAAGCAUAUUUCAGAUGUUAAAUUUGGCAAAACAUUUUUGUCUUCUUCCAUGAUAAGUCUUGUUGAAACAUGGACAAAGCCAAGUGAUAACUUAGAAAUUGAAGGUUUUAAGAUAGUUCACAGACGUGAUUGUCAUGAUGUACGAAAACCAUUCGGUCAAAUCAUUUAUUUAAAAAAUGAUUUAAAAUUCGAAAAUAUCACCGAAAGAUAUGAAUAUUCAGGCAAAGAUCAUAUUGAAUAUUCUUCGAUAAAAGUUGAUGAUAUUUGUAUAAUUUCCGUUUAUAAUUCACCAAAUUCAUCAUUCAAUGUUCUAAGACGACAUAUGAAUGAAGUUAUAACUAUUUCAAAAAGAUUUUCUGAUAAUAUAAUUGUCGUUGGUGAUUUUAAUAUAAACUUGAAGAUUAAAAUCAAUAACAAAUCUAUUGAAUAUACGAGAUCAUUUGGACUUAGUUUGAAUAAUACACUAAAUAAAGAUUCAACUAAUGCAAAAACACAAAUUGACUAUUGUUUUACUAAUAUGAAAGACGUAAAGUCUGAUUAUUUUGAAAGUCUUACAAGUUUUCACAAACCAAUAUGGAUAAGAAAACAUAAAGUUUUGAGUAAGUCUCAUUUUCAUGAAAUUAAAAACAUUCAUACAAAUGUAACUUCUAAUAUCAAUGAUGAAGUUAUGCUUGAUGACCAAUUUGACACGAUGGAUAUCGACGACAAAUUUGUUUUUGAAAGUCAUGAAACAGUCGAUAAGAAUGAACAAAUUGACUUAGAUAUGUCCUUCCAAUUAGAAGAUCUCAAAGUGAAUGAUUCAUUUGAUACGAUGGAAACUGAAGAAAAAUAUUUUCCCACAAACUAUGAAAUCAUUGAUUCUGACUCAAGGAAGCUUCUUGAUCAUUUUCUCCUUCUACUUGAGUUUGAUAAUGCUGCAGGGACUACCCAAAUUUCAAGUCAAGCUCGAAGAAUCGAUGAUUUAAUUGAAAAGUCACCAUUUAUAACUGCGUAUAACAAAGAUCGAUCUGUUAAAAUCAGACCGAAAAUAGAAUAUUCUGUUGAAGCAUUUGAUGCAUUUUACGCACGAACUCAUACAACUGGAGAUGGAAAUUGCUUGUACAAUUCUUUAUCAAUAAUUAAAAUUGGAUCUGAAGAACUAACACACUCAAUGAGAUUAUUGGCAGUCAAUGUUAUGAUUAAUAAUAGUAAUCAUUUAAAAACCAUUUGCCGUUUAUUGAACUAUUCAUUUGAAGAACAGCUAAGGAGAACUGCCACAAACGAACAAUGGGGUGGAGAAGUUCAAAUUCAUGCACUUUCUAUAGCGUUACGUCAGCCAAUUUAUUCUUAUGUUAAAUUUUUCGAUGAUCCAAAACGUGUACACUAUAUUCCAUCUGAUAUCAGUACACAAGAUUUGAUUAACAGAUUUGAUGAUGGAACUGCAGGAGGUCAUCUCAAAUAUAUUGGGUAUAAGUCCGAUAUGAAUAAAUCAAGUUUAUGUAUUCACUUUACUGGUAUUCAUUACGAUGCUCUCUUGCCAUGUUCAAAUAAUCCCCAUCAAUUCAUACCAAAAAAUGAUAUAAUUGAUAUGAGUUUGUGA